UGCUGCAGCUGCGGGCGGCUCCAGCUGCCCCCAGAUGUGGGCUGGGCGGCGCGCGGGGAACUUUCGCGCCGGCAGCGAGUGCGGGGCCCCGGCUGCGGUCCGGCUGCCAUGGAUCCGCCGGCGGGAGCCGCUUGCCGCCUGCUCUGCCCCGCGCUGCUGCUGCUGCUGCUGCCGCCGAUCCUGCUGCCGCCGCCGCCCGCGGACGCCCGGCUCGCCGCCGCCACCGACCCCCCAGGCGGGCCCCUGGGGCACGGAGCGGAGCGCAUCCUGGCGGUGCCGGUGCGCACUGACGCCCAGGGCCGUUUGGUGUCCCACGUGGUGUCAGCGGCGUCGGCCCAGGCUGGGGUACGGGCCCGCAGGGCAGCCUCUGUCCAGACCCCGGGCUUACCUGGAGACGACGAGGAGGACCCCGGCGGCCGUCUCUUCUACAACGUCACGGUCUUCGGUCGAGACCUGCACCUUCGGCUGCGGCCCAACGCCCGCCUCGUGGCGCCCGGCGCCACCGUGGAGUGGCAAAGCGAGUCGGGUGCCACCCGCGUGGAGCCCCUGCUUGGGACCUGUCUCUACGUCGGAGACGUGGCGGGCCUGGCUGAAGCCUCCUCCGUGGCGCUCAGCAACUGCGACGGGCUGGCUGGCCUGAUCCGUAUGGAGGAGGAGGAGUUCUUCAUCGAGCCCCUGGAGAAGGGGCUGGCAGCCAAGGAAGCUGAGCAGGGCCGUGUGCAUGUGGUGUAUCGCCGGCCACCCACCCCGAGGCCCCCUCCUCUGGGGGGACCACAGGCCCUGGACACAGGAGCUCCGCCAGGCAGCCUGGAUAACCUCAGCCGCGCCCUGGGUGUCCUGGAGGAGCGUGUCAAUGGCUCGAGGCAUAGGGCGCGAAGGCAUGCCACCGAUGGCGACUACAACAUCGAGGUCCUGCUGGGCGUGGACGAUUCUGUAGUCCAGUUCCAUGGGAAGGAGCACGUGCAGAAGUACCUGCUCACACUCAUGAACAUUGUCAACGAAAUCUAUCAUGAUGAGUCCUUGGGGGCCCACAUCAAUGUUGUCCUGGUGCGGAUAAUCCUGCUGAGUUACGGGAAGUCCAUGAGCCUCAUUGAGAUUGGGAACCCCUCCCAGAGCCUGGAGAACGUCUGCCGUUGGGCUUACCUCCAGCAGAAGCCAGACACAGGUCACGAUGAGUACCACGAUCACGCCAUCUUCCUCACGCGGCAGGACUUCGGACCUUCGGGCAUGCAAGGCUAUGCUCCUGUCACUGGGAUGUGCCACCCCGUCCGCAGCUGCACUCUGAACCACGAGGAUGGCUUCUCCUCAGCAUUCGUGGUGGCCCACGAGACCGGCCACGUGCUGGGCAUGGAGCACGACGGGCAGGGCAACCGCUGUGGCGACGAGGUGCGGCUGGGCAGCAUCAUGGCGCCCCUGGUGCAGGCCGCCUUCCACCGCUUCCACUGGUCCCGCUGCAGCCAGCAGGAGCUGAGCCGCUACCUGCACUCCUAUGAUUGCCUGCGGGAUGACCCCUUUGCCCAUGAUUGGCCGGCGCUGCCUCAGCUCCCAGGGCUGCACUACUCCAUGAAUGAACAGUGCCGCUUCGACUUCGGCCUGGGCUACAUGAUGUGCACGGCGUUCCGGACCUUCGACCCCUGCAAGCAGCUGUGGUGUAGCCACCCUGACAACCCCUACUUUUGCAAGACCAAGAAGGGGCCCCCCCUGGAUGGAACCAUGUGUGCACCCGGCAAGCACUGCUUUAAAGGACACUGCAUCUGGCUGACCCCUGACAUCCUCAAACGGGAUGGCAACUGGGGCGCCUGGAGUCCGUUCGGCUCCUGCUCGCGCACCUGCGGCACAGGCGUGAAGUUCAGGACCCGCCAGUGUGACAACCCACACCCAGCCAAUGGGGGCCGCACCUGUUCAGGCCUUGCCUACGAUUUCCAGCUCUGCAACUCCCAGGACUGCCCUGAUGCCCUGGCUGACUUCCGCGAGGAGCAGUGCCGGCAGUGGGACCUGUACUUCGAGCACGGCGAUGCCCAGCACCACUGGCUGCCCCACGAGCACCGGGACGCCAAGGAGAGAUGCCACCUGUACUGCGAGUCCAGGGAGACUGGGGAGGUGGUGUCCAUGAAGCGCAUGGUGCACGACGGGACACGCUGCUCUUAUAAGGAUGCCUUCAGCCUGUGUGUGCGCGGGGAGUGCAGGAAGGUGGGCUGCGACGGAGUGAUCGGCUCCAGCAAGCAGGAAGACAAGUGCGGCGUGUGUGGAGGGGACAACACCCACUGCAAAGUGGUCAAGGGCACAUUCACACGCUCCCCCAAAAAGCUCGGUUACAUCAAGAUGUUUGAAAUCCCGGCAGGAGCCAGACACCUGCUUAUCCAGGAGGCAGACAGCACCAGCCACCACCUGUCCGUCAAGAACCUGGAGACAGGCAAGUUCAUUUUAAAUGAAGAAAAUGACGUGGAUCCCAAUUCCAAAUCCUUCAUUGCUAUGGGCGUGGAGUGGGAGUACCGGGAUGAGGACGGCCGGGAGACGCUGCAAACCAUGGGCCCCCUUCACGGCACCAUCACCGUGCUGGUCAUCCCACAGGGAGAUGCCCGGAUCUCGCUGACAUACAAGUACAUGAUCCACGAGGACUCACUCAACGUGGACGGCAACAACGUCCUGGAGGACGACUCCGUGGGCUAUGAGUGGGCUCUCAAGAAGUGGACUCCCUGCUCCAAGCCCUGCGGUGGAGGCUCCCAGUUCACCAAGUAUGGCUGCCGCCGGAGGCUGGACCACAAGAUGGUACACCGAGGCUUCUGCGACGCCCUCACGAAGCCCAAAGCCAUCCGCCGGGCUUGCAACCCACAGGAGUGCUCCCAGCCAGUGUGGGUCACAGGUGAAUGGGAGCCUUGCAGUCAGAGCUGCGGGCGGAUGGGCACGCAGGCUCGCUCUGUGCGCUGUGUACAGCCCCUGCACAACAACACCACCCGCUCCGUGCACACCAAACAUUGCAACGACGCCCGGCCCGAGGGCCGUCGGGCCUGCAACCGUGAGCUCUGCCCCGGGCGAUGGCGGGCUGGACCCUGGUCCCAGUGCUCCGUGACCUGUGGCAAUGGCACCCAGGAGCGGCCCGUGCUGUGCCGAACUGCAGACGACAGCUUUGGGGUCUGCCGGGAGGAGCGGCCUGAGACAGCCAGAAUCUGCAGGCCGGGCCCCUGUCCCCGAAACAUCUCCGAUCCUUCCAAGAAGAGCUACGUGGUUCAGUGGCUGUCUCGCCCAGACCCCGACUCACCAGUCCAGAAGACCUCGUCAAAGGGCCGCUGCCAAGGUGACAAGUCAAUGUUCUGUAGGAUGGAAGUCUUGUCUCGCUAUUGCUCCAUCCCAGGCUACCAAAAGCUGUGCUGCCAGUCUUGUAACCUGCACGACAACCUCACCGAGGUGGACAAUGGGGCCGAGCCACCGCCCAGGAAGCUCAACGACAUUGAAGAGCUCAUGCCCACCCUCCCGGUGCCUACCCUUGUCAUGGAGGCGCACCCUGUGCCAGGCACACCCCCACAGGCACCCCUCAAUGUCUCCAGCACCAACAGCACCGAGGACCACCCAGACACCAACGCUGUCGACGUGCCCUACAAAAUCGGCGGCCUGGACGAGGAGGUCCAGCCGCCCAACCUGAUCCCACGACGACCGAGCCCGUACGAGAAGACCAGAAACCAGAGAAUCCAAGAGCUCAUUGAUGAGAUGAGGAAGAAAGAGACGCUCGGGAAGUUCUAAUAAAUGGAAAGAUAGCAUCCAUAGCAUUUUUUCCCCUUGCUUAUAGAUAUAUUCCAUGGGAUGGCAAAUCGUGGAGUUGAAGGAAAAAUUUCUGAUUCCAAAAGGGUUUUGAGAAAACAGAGAGGGAGAAUGACAUAAACAUCUAUGCCUAUGGUCGUGAGCAUGUGGCAGCCAGCUUCACACGUGUGUGUCCCCAGCUCCGGCAUGUUCUAAGUCCCGUGCUGGGACCAGGUGUGGGAGGGAGAGGAAUAUAGCAGUUCUACGAUCGCCAUCAGUGGGGGUGGGGGCAAGAGGCUAAGUCAGAGAGAGGAGACACGUGUCCCCGAGUUCCUGAGCAGUGAUAGGGCAUCUUCUUUCCUUGGCGGUGACCAACACUUCUGGAGCUGCUGGACAUUUCCUAUCCAUCCCCAGACGGAGGCACGAGCCCCACGGGUACUCCUAGGAGGAACAGUGAUUUAUCUGCUGAUCAACCCGUCAUUAAGAUGAGCACAAUGGGAGGAGGCCGUGAACUUGAAUGCCAGUGAGUCCAAGGGCCAGGCAGGAGGUGGGGAUGAGCAUGGUGGCCCACUGGGGACUGCGACCAACCUGAGAGGUAUACCCUGCUAGAGCUGCUUGUGGGCUCCAGCCCUUGCUGCCUCUGGGGGAGCCGGCCCCGAAUGCCAGUUCAUGUGCUUUCAGUAGUAGUCUAGCUUUGCCUGCGAAAUCCUCAAUCCUUACACUUCAACUCAGAAUAUGUCAGGGGGAUCUGGAAGGUCUGUUAGUGUCUAGAGCCCCCAGACUGCAAGCCUCUGGUCUCUGGGCCUGGCCGGAUACAGCCGCUCGGAGAAAGGACCUCAGAAAAGCCAACUGGCCCAUUUGGUGCUCUUGCCCGGUGUUCGACUCAGCCCACACUGAUCUGUGAAGCUGUCCGCUCCUUCCCGGGAGGGUACUGGGACUUGAUAGAUCUAAACAGUGGGCCACGUUUCCUCCACGAGGAGAAGACAGCAGGGUGCACUCCAGGCACUCCCACGCCUCUCUUGUCUCCGCGAACCCUGGCCCACAUGCAAGGCCUAAGACUCUCCCAGUCGAGGGGAGGGGGUGCUGCCACCAUGGUGGCCAUGCUCGGGGUUCUGAGAUGGGACUCUAUGGGCUCAGGUUGGCUUCUGAAGACCAGCUUUGCUUGUGGGGGUGGCCUUGCCCCGUCUAGCCCUGUGGAACCCCCUUCUGUGCCUUGGAAGUCCCAGCAGGGACCUGUGGAAAUCUGACCUCUGAUGAGAAGCGCAGGGUGGGAGGUGGGGAGAACCUGCUUUAUCUUCGGCCAUUCCCAAACUUUUACAACUUCUGUUUUUGGCAGAAUGGUGUUUUGUGAGCAAGAUGUGAAUGAGAGAGAAAUGGGAAGGGAGAGGGGGUGGACAGGAAGAUGGUGUCUAUUUUCACCCCUCCCUGCAUGGAUAUUUUGUGAACAUGUAGCCUCAACUUCCCCAAAUUAUAAGACCCAGGGGCACUUCAGCUCCUUAGCUGGGCCUGGCCUCACACGUGAUUCUUAAGUUUUCUGUGUCUAGGAAAGUUCUAGAGCCUUUGUAUUCUCACCAGUCAUAGGUUUUUAGAGAACUCUUUGUGUUUAGUUCCCAUUCUAUGGAUGGGAACACUGAGGUUCAGGAUAAUACCAUGAUGGCUACUUUAUACUGAGUCUGAGGUGCUCAGUAUGUUUGUCUGAUCCAUGCAUGUGUGUGGGUGUGUGUCUGUGUGUGAUCUAGGGGACAAAGUGAGGGUGUAGGAACAGUGAGAACGCUAUCUGGGAUGAUGUUUAACCUCCCCACUGGGUGAUAACUAGAUGCCUGUCACCCCUGCCUGGCCCACCGGCCUCCCUCCUCUCUGCCACCGUGUCCCACUCACUCAUGUCCUGGUGUCUCAAGGGAGCUUGCUGGCUCCUAAGUAGCAAACUGGAGAAAACAUUUUUUGGCUAUCUCUCAUAGUAUCACUUCUGUAACAGAUGUGAUCUACAGCACUUUUGCAAUCCUGUCUCUCACUGAUCAGGAAAUGGAUGCCUCGCCUUUCCCCGACUGGUUGAAGCUAUGGCUGCUGGUGCUAUUCAUGGGCUGAAGGACUGGGAAGUUCUUGCUUAGGUCUGUCUUGGGAUGCAGAAAGCUCAGGAUGGCUGACCCUACCCAGAGAGCAUUACUUAGUUUACCCAGCCUGGUAGCCUCAGGAUGGGAACACUCCAUUCCCAGAUUCCGGUGAAGCAGGGCUGCAUGCCUUGGGGACUGGAAGGCUUCAGGGAGAGGCCCCAGCUGGGACCCAGGGUUACCUGUCUUCUUCUGGAAGGAAAGAGAUUCCCUCUGGGAGCUGUAGUCCAGCAUGCCCACUGUCCCAUAGGUCAUACUUAGUGCCUGGGACCAUAUACACACACAGUUCUCCAGAACCGGACAGUCCUCCGAGGUCUCUCUAUCCAAGGAACACAGGGUUUACCAGACUCUGAGAGACUCCUAAUCCCCACUGAGCUCGGAACUGGUGGGAGAGUCAGUUUAGCAACAGUCCUGAACUUCCAGAGCUGGUGUCCGUGUCUGGAGGCCCCUACAGACUGAAGGCCAAGGCGGUUUUCUAGCUGAUGUUCUGGAGCACCAUUCAGAGACUCAGAGCUCUGUCUGUGGCUCCAGAAAAUUGCGUCUGUGGGGAGACUUCUGCUGGGAUUGGGGACCUGGCUCUCUGAUCUGCUCCUUUUGGAAAACCCAUGGAAUUUCCCGUAUAAGCCUUCUGUUUGUAUUUUAAGGUUGUUUGUUUGGCGUCUAUAAAUGGUGCUCAGUAACACUCCUAUGAGAUGAAGCCUGAGGACUCUGUUCCGCCAAAUGCCAGGCAGCUGCCACAGGAAUCAUCAUGGUGCUGAACUCAAAUCACAGCAUUUUAUCUCACUGAUCACAGCCAUCGACACAUUUGUUUUCUGUAUAGAAAAAAUUGGCUUCUUGAUUUUAUAACUUAUUAAAGUCAAAAUGUCUGUGUUUUUGCAUAUCA